AUGGAGCUGGUAGUGGGGUUGAUACUUCUGCUGUUGUGCCAUACUGUCUGCAACAAACAUUCAAUGAAUUUUACUGUACCUGAAGAUCCUCUACCCAUUCCUCACAAGUUUUAUCAACCAGGUGACCUGGUCAUUGGUGGGAUUGCCUCUCAUAUUUUCUUCUUUCACAGCACUUCCUCCUUCACAGAACAACCCAAGCGGCAGUUGACUGAUGAACCUAUUUCAGUACCAAAGCACUACCAAUAUCUCUUGGCUUUGGCAUUUGCUAUAAAUGAGAUUAAUGAAAAUCCAAACAUCUUACCAAACAUCACUUUGGGUUCCCAUGUCCUCUGUGGCUACUUCUUUGGAAAGAUGAACUAUAAGGCCACCCUGAGCGUUCUCUCUACACAGCAUAGGUUUCUUCCCAAUUUCAAGUGUGAGACCCAAAACAGUCUUAUAUCAGUUAUUGGAGGAUUCUGCUUUGAAACAACUGCUAAUGUGGCCACCAUAUUAGACAUAUACGACAUUCCACAGCUUCACCCCUUCCUAUUAGGCAUCUCGUUCAACAACAGUGUGGGUGACACUGUUUGUUUGGAUAAAACAGGAGAAAUACUUACAGGUUUUGAUGUUACCAACUGGGUCACUUUCCCAAAUGGCUCUUAUGUGAGAGUAAAGGUCGGAAGGCUGGAUCCUCGGGCACCUCAAGGCCAAGAGUUAAUCCUGAAUGAUGAUCAAAUCAUAUGGCACAGAAGCUUUAAUCAGGUGCAGCCCACUUCUGCAUGCAAUGACCCCUGCCACCCUGGCUACAGCAAGAAGAAGAAGGAGGGAAAGAAAUUUUGCUGCUAUGAUUGUGUUUCCUGUCCUGGAGGGAUGAUCUCCCAACAAAAAGAUAUGGAUUCCUGUUUAAAAUGCCCGGAAGAUCAGCAUCCAACCAAGGACCAAAGUAAUUGCAUUCCCAAGAUUAUAAGCUACCUCUCUUUCAAAGAACCUUUAGGGAUCAUCGUGGCAGUUUUGGCUAUUUCUUUCUCCCUGAUCACAGUUUUGGUGCUUGGAGCCUUCAUACAACACCAGGAGACACCCAUAGUCAAAGCCAACAACAGGAACAUUACCUAUGUUCUCCUUAUCUCUCUCCUCUUGUGCUUUCUCUGCUCAUUUCUGUUCAUUGGACAGCCUAGAAGAAUGACUUGCCUUCUCCGACAAAUUGCUUUUGGAAUCGUCUUCUCUGUGGCUAUUUCAAGUGUAUUGGCCAAAACCAUCACAGUGGUUCUGGUAUUCAUGGCUACCAGACCAGGCUCCAGGGUGAGGAAAUGGAUUGGGAGAAGAACGGCAAAUUCUAUUAUCCUUUCCUGCACUUUCAUUCAGUCAUGUAUUUGUAUUAUUUGGUUAAGUACUUCCCCUCCAUUCCCAGAUACAGACAUGCAUUCAGUGAAUGGGGAAAUCAUACUGGACUGUAAUGAGGGUUCAGCUACCAUGUUUUACAUUAUCCUGGGCUUUAUGGGCUUCCUGGCCAUUGUCAGCUUCAUAGUGGCUUUUCUUGCCAGGAAGUUGCCUGACAGUUUCAACGAAGCCAAGUUUAUCACUUUCAGCAUGUCGGUUUUUUGUAGUGUAUGGCUGUGCUUUAUUCCAACCUAUCUGAGCACAAAAGGAAAAUUCAUGGUGGCUGUGGAGAUCUUCUCCAUCUUGUCCUCCAGCGCUGGCUUACUGGGCUGCAUUUUUUCCCCUAAAUGCUACAUCAUUAUUAUGCGGCCAGAGCUGAACAGUAAGGAGCAGUUAAUAAAGAGAAAUAAUAACAAGACAUAA